AUGCACAGGAGCAAGGGGAAGCUGUCGGGCGUCCUCAGCAAGGGCUUCAAGCCCGACAAGUGCAAGAUUGCCCUCAAGAUGGCCAUGGCGCGGAUCAAGCUGCUGCGGAACAAGAAGGAGGUGCAGGUGCGCCAGAUGCGCCGCGAGGUCGCGCAGCUGCUCGACGGCAACCAGGACCAGACCGCGCGCAUCAGGGUUGAACAUGUCAUAAGGGAAGAGAAGUUCAUGCAAGCAUAUGACUUGAUUGAAGUGUACUGCGAACUUAUAGUGGCACGCAUGUCCAUUAUUGAUUCACAGAACCACGAUUUUUGGUGCCAGAAAAAUAAUGGACUAAACACGGGUGAGCCAAAAUUUGGCUCGGUGAUGCUGACCAGGACUUGCCCUAUUGAUCUGAAGGAGGCAAUAGCGAGUGUUAUAUUUGCAUCAAUGAGAUGUUCAGAUGUCACAGAACUAGCAGAUGUUCGGAAGAAUUUCACAAGCAAGUAUGGGAAAGAAUUUGCCACAUCAGCUCUUGAAGUGCGACCUGACAGUGGCGUAAACCAUCUGGUAAUCGAGAAGCUCUCAGCAGGAGCACCGGAUGUACAGACUAAAACCAAAACCUUGAGCUCAAUUGCGGCAGAGCAUAACAUAAAAUGGGAGCCAAAAGCAUUUGAGGAGCAGAAGCAAAAUGAAGAUCGGAUGUAUGGAUCAACAUAUUCUGGAGGAAACAUUCCAACUUCAGGGUCAUCUGCUUCUAGCGUGCCAACUCCUCAACCUGCAGCAGCUCCCUAUUCAUCUGUUCAACCAGCCACUUCUCGUGUGCCUGCAGGACCUUCUUAUGAAUCUUCUGAAGCUCCAGCUAAUAGAAACCCACAUGGCACUGCCAACUCUAAUGCUUCCACACAGGAAAAUAGAAGGGGUUCGGAUGCUUCAGUGCCUCCUAGCUUCCAACAUGGUGCAACUACUUAUUCCUCAGCAAAUAUUCCUGGAUCUAACAACUACUCUAAUACUGGGAGUUCAAGUGUUUCUAGACCUCACUCCCAAUUUGGCUCAACAGUUCCAGACUCAGUAUCCAGGACUGAAGAGAUCAACCGGCCUAGGGAAAGGAAGUCUUCAGUUAGUGGUUCCAAUUGGAAUGUGGAAUUCAAGGAUGCAGCAUCUGCAGCCCAGGCAGCAGCAGAUUCUGCAGAGAUGGCAAGCAUUGCUGCCCGAGCUGCUGCCCAACUUGCUAGCCGUGGAAACUUCUAUGCAGACCAAGAUACUGGUGCUUAUGAAUCAACUGCUUAUAUGAAUGACAAUACACCCAGGAAGCAACAAGCUGGACGUUUGAUGAAGGAUGGUAAGAGUUUUAAUGAGCAGAGUUCAGGUAUUAAUGAUCCAAGGAUGAUCUCAAGUAAUGCAAGAAAAGAUGAAGAAAGAGCAGAAACAAACCGUGCGAGUAGCCAGAAUAUGUCAACUCCUUACUCCUCUCAGCUCCACUCGUAUGCUCCUGAAAGCCAUACUGAUCAUGACAUGCCAACUGAACCACAUCAUGCUCAUUCAUCUGAGCCUCCAUAUUUUAAUGAUUCGUCUGAGCCUCCAUAUUUUGAUGAUUCAUCCGAGAAAGAAAGCAAUAUCAGAAGACCUGAGGAUCACCCGUUUGAUUUGCAUGAGGAAAGGUUGCCAGAUGCUGGAUUUGAUUGGCACCACACCAAGGAUAUAGGAAGCAGGCAAACUAGCUUUGAUCAAGAGAGCAGGAAUAACCACUAUAGUAAUUUUAGUGCUUCCCACGGUGGCAGCAGUACGUCUUGGGACAACCAGAAUGAUAAAGCUGGAGCUGAUUCUUCAGCUGUUUUAUUCGAUGAAUAUGACCAUGAUGUUCAAGAAGAGAACUUGUUGGAUCAUUUCUCUUCAAAACAUACUGAAGAGCUGCCAACUGUGCAGGACCACAAGGGAUUCUCAAGUGCAGAUUGGAGUCAGCAGCCUAGAAGUGAAUCUCCGGUUGAUCGUAGCACUUCAACUCUCUUUUCAAGAACAGAAACGCAGCCAUCUUAUGAUUUAGGAGCAAACAAAGAGGAUAUUCUCCUGAAUGAUACUAGCCCACCUACUUUUGAUUCAGAUGGUGUUAGUUCUGACGAGGAAACAAGUACAAACAUGCAUAUCUUAAGGACCCAUUCAAGAGGAUCUGAUUACUCGGAGAACAAAAUGUUCAAUAAGAAUUCUGGAAAGUCUUUUCCUGAUGUUAUUGAAGAUCAUGAAUCUAGGCCCAGCAAGCAAUACCAGAAUCCACCAGGUUCUGAUGUAUUCCGCAAGGAGCAAAACAGUGAUGGUUCACCUAGAUAUGACUAUUCGGGGGCACAGGGGAACUUGGGUCGUCUGCAAAGCAGAGAUUAUGAUCUUUCAGAAGAAGAAACAGAACCACAUAAAUUGAAAGGUACAUCCUCAGGGAUAACAGGAGCAAAUGAGAAUCGGCCCUCGCCCUUCCGCAUGCCAACUUCAGCAACAUCUGAUGACAGCGAUGACGGUGAUCUUGGCCUGAAUUAUGGAAGGUUAACUCCUGGACUAAGAAACAAACUCAGGCAAGGUCCACAAUACAAAAUUUCUGGGGAUAACUUGGUGCGAAAACAGUCCUUAGAAGGAGCUCCUGCCAGCAUUGAAGAAUCAGUGCAUUUCAAAGAGAAUGACCCAUCAUCUGAACAGAUGGGUGAUACUCCUAAAGGUUCACGCACAACCAAGAAUUCUUUUGGUGCAAAUUACCACAGUGAACAUCUCGAUGGGAGACAUACUGUUGGCAAACCUGUGGAAUCAAGAUCAUCCAUGACGAGGAAUGACUUCUAUUCAGGUGAUACAGGGAAGUUAUCUGAACGAUCUGGCAGUCCAAUUUCUAGCCCAGCCAAGACUUCUGUUAGGGAAAAUUCCAUUCAAGAGAGUGGGGUGCGCAGGGAAAGUAGAUCAAGAACUGCCAGAACUUUCUUUGAUUCAGAUGAGAGCGAAGAAGAAUUGGAACGACGCCGGUCUGUCCAGACAAAGUUGUCUAAAGAGCAGAUACAAUCACGGAGGACCCGGGAGGUAGCACCCGAUGCAAAGAGAGAUGGCCGAGCCCGGGCUGGAGCGCAGUAUGCUGUUGAAACUGAAAGCACGCCAAAAAGCCCUGCUAAAGCAUUCUCCAACUCGAGUACUGAACAAAGAAAAGCAGCACCUGCAUACUCCAGGGUUUCAGUACAGCAAUCUUCGCCAAAUCCUGCGCGCAUUGAACCUCCCGCAGCUAGAGGCAGGUGGCAAGAAGAUGAACCGGAUGGAAGUUCUUCUCCAGAAAACGAGGGAAACGCAGAGACCUCAGCAGAGACCCUGAAAGUAAGCACGCCAACAGCUGGUCCUGCUCACGUUCACCCCAAGCUUCCAACAGACUAUGAUUCUUUUGCUGCACAUUUUAAGUCGCUCCGAACCAAUCGCCGGUAG